AUGUCUGCUCCGUCUGAGCGCACGCCUCUGGUCAAUGGCGCUCCAGCUGGAGCUGCGCACCGCCCUGGUAGCCUAGGCACAUUCAGGACCUCGCAAGACUCUCAAGCCUCCUCCAGCACUGCCUACACCGACGAGGAGAUUCUGGCACAGGAGAGCGCAUUCAGCGCUAGUGAGCUCUAGCAUUGUUUUCGAUUGCGUCUGCAUCACUGAAAGCAUACACGCUGACAUUUCCAGCUCCUCAAACUCUUCACCAGUCCGCGAUGCUUCUCAUGGUGUAGACCCAAACUCGUCCGCAUUCAUCCCUCCUCCACCCGACCAAUCGCACUUCUCCGUCCAACACUCAGGACUGCGCUUGCCUGAUGGGCCCGCUUCGGAAGAGGUGCCAGGCCGCAGGCCUGAUUUGUACAUCAUCUUAGGAGCAAUGUGGAUCGGAACAUUUGUAGCGGCAUUGGACGGAACAGUGGUCGCGACGAUCCAAUCUCGCGUAGGCUCCGAAUUCUACGUCAGCAAAGAAGUGGGCUGGCUAGGAACUUCCUACCUCUUGACUCAAACCGCCUUUCAACCCUUGUACGGAAGACUGUCGGACAUCUUUGGAAGAAAGUUCGCCACGCUCUUUGCUUCGGCUGUAUUCGCUGUUGGAACUCUGUUCUGCGGACUGGCUCAAACGUUCCCGCAGCUUUGUGCGGCUCGAGCUAUUGCUGGUGUGGGAGGCGGUGGCCUCACAAGCAUGUCGACUAUUGUUACCAGCGAUCUCAUUGACCUCAAGAACCGAGGAACGUGAGUUCCGACGAUAGUGCCCCUGCUGCGAGGCACGUCGCUGACAGACCAUACUUGCGCUUUGCACUUGCAGCUAUCAGGGCAUUGGAAAUCUUGUCUAUGCGGCAGGUGCAGCCCUCGGCGGUCCUAUCGGUGGUGCACUUGCUGAUGGAGGUCUCGGGUGGCGUUUCGCAUUCCUCAUGCAAAUACCUCUCUGCCUGAUACACCUCGGCGUCGUUUCGUGGAAGGUGGACAUCCCGGCUGGUCCAGGAAGCAUGAAGGACAAGUUCAAGCGCAUCGACGUCUGGGGAGCCUUGACUCUCGUCAGCAGCAUCACCCUCAUCUUGGUCGGCUUGAGUUUGGGUGGAGCGGAGCGAGACUGGAGCGAUCGCUUGGUGGUGGGCACGCUUGCUGCUGGCGCAGUUGUUCUCACUGCCUUUGUCCUCGUGGAGAAGUACGUCGCUAGAGAACCUUUGAUGCCCAUGGCGGUGCUGUUCAACCGCACGCCCGGCGCAGUAGCUUUGGCUUGCUGGUUCCUCAGCAUGAGCCAAUUCGGCAUUUGUGAGUACUGUGCCUCUCCCACCCAGUCCCAGUACUCUGCUGCUGGGUAGCUCAUACCCUCUCCUCUUGCCUGCCCCCAAGUGUUCAACGUUCCGCAAUACUUUACUUCCGUCGAGGGCACGUCCUCCUCCUACGCCGGUCUGCACUUGAUUCCCAACGCCAUCGUGGCUUCGAGCUGCUCCCUCGGAUCUGGUCUGAUCAUGGCUCGAACCGGCAACUACCGUACGAUGAUGCUGCUUGGAGGAAUUUCUGGAGUGGUUGGGCCAUUGGCUAUGGUCUUCUGGCAGCGCAAUGUGACUCCAGAGUGGGCUUACUGGUUGACAAUGCCAUGGGGAGGAGCAGCGUUUGGCAGCAUCCUCACCAUUACCCUCGUAGCUCUCAUCGCCUCCAUCGAUCCAGCACAAAUGGCAGCUGCUACAGGCGUGACGUACCUUUUCCGAGCUACUGGAAGCGUGUUGGGCAUCUCGCUCACCAACGCCAUUCUUCAAAACAACCUCAAGGUCAAUCUUGGCAAAGCUCACUUGCCUCGCAAAAUCAUCGAAGAGAUCAGAGCGGACGUGUCGUACAUUCAGAGACUGCCACCGAAGCAAAAGGCUCUCGCGGUGGAUGCUAUGCAGCUUUCCUUUAGAAAAGUCUUUAUCUUUAUCGCCGUAACUGGGUUCCUCGCGUUUCUCUCUCUCUUGCCCAUCAAGCAGUACACGCUGCCCGGUAGCCCGGCCAAGAACCCACCUAGCGGCCAGGCUCAACGUCAACAGACGAUCGAGGAGGAGGAUGAAGACAUUUGA